AUGAUUUCGGGCGACGCCAUGGAAACAACUCGUCUCGGUCAGCUCAACGAGCUGAAGCCAAAGGGUCCUCUCCCCGGCCAGACCGCGGAGAACCCCAACGAGCUGCCUCGUCCCUACAAGUGCCCCUUGUGCGACAAGGCCUUCCACCGCCUCGAGCACCAGACGAGACACAUCCGCACUCACACUGGCGAGAAGCCUCAUGCUUGCCAGUACCCUGGCUGCAGCAAGAAAUUCUCCCGCUCUGACGAACUCACUCGUCACUCAAGGAUACACAGCAACCCCAACUCGAGGAGAGGCAAGAACCAGUACAACUCGGGUCCCCAGUCACACAUGCCUCAGGAUGGAAUGAUGGCUCCUCCCCCAGCUCCCAAGACGAUCAGAUCUGCGCCCACCUCGAGCCUCUCUUCGCCCAAUGUCUCUCCUCCUCAUUCCUACUCUACUCAAUAUGUCCUGCCUACCCACCUGGGCAGCCCCUUCAACCGCCAACCUCAGGGCAACAACAACAUGGACAUCUCCAUCCUGGCCAAGGCCGCCAACCAGGUCGAGCGCGAGACUCUCACAGCACCUCCUUUCCACGGCCCUGCCGCCAGACACCAUCCAUACUACUCUCACAGCCUACACAACUCGCGAGGCCACCUCCCUUCCCUCUCUGCUUACCACAUGUCGAGAUCUCACUCCAACGAUGAGCACAACGACGACCACUACUCUGGCUCUCGUCACGCAAAGCGAUCUCGUCCCAACUCUCCCAACUCCACGGCUCCUUCCUCUCCCACCUUCUCUCACGACUCCUUGUCUCCCACUCCGGACCACACUCCCAUCGCUACUCCUGCUCACUCUCCGAGGCUUCGACCCAUGGGCUACGAGCUGCCUUCUCUGCGCAACCUCUCCCUCCAGCACGCCGCUCCCCCGGCUCUGGCUCCCCUCGAGCCUCACUUGGAGGCUCCUUACCUGCCUCCUGCCCCUGCGCCUACGAGCGCCGGCACCCCUCGCCCCACCGGCGCUUCUCUGGCGGACAUCAUCAGCCGGCCCGACGCUGUGAGGAAACUGCCUGUCCCCAAGAUCGGUGUUCACCAACUCCUCGACGGCAACGAUGGAUUCCAGAGCGGAAGGAGUUCCACCACCGGCAGCGUUGCUGGUGGAGAUCUCAUGGACCGGAUGUAA